GCGCUCUCAUUGGCUACUGUGUUAGCCAAUGAAACAAACUCUUGUUCGUGGACUUCCUCCUUCCAUGUGAGUUUCUCUUCCAUGCAACAACCAGCGAGAUAAAAACAUGCUUCGUCGGGAGGUGAGACAGAGGAGAGAGUACCUGUACAGGAAGGCACAGGAGGACAGGCUCCGAACAAUAGAGGAGAAAAAACAGAAGUUGAAGGGAGCACUUGAAGAAAAUUUGCUUAUUCCAACUGAGGUACGCAGAGAAGCUCUGCAGCUACAGAAUCUACUGGAGUAUGACGAUGAAGGGGCAGAAGGCAUCAGCUCUCACAUGGAUGAUGAGUAUAAAUGGGCCGGAGUGGAAGAUCCCAAAGUCAUGGUCACUACGUCCAGAGACCCGAGCUCCAGACUCAAGAUGUUUGCUAAGGAGGUAAAGCUGAUGUUCCCUGGAGCCCAGCGCAUGAACAGAGGAAACCAUGAGAUCGCUUCGCUGGUGGGAGCCUGCAAAGCCAACAAUGUUACAGACCUCGUCAUCAUGCACGAAACAAGAGGACAGCCUGAUGGCCUGGUGGUGUGCCACUUGCCAUUUGGACCUACAGCUUAUUUCACACUUUACAAUGUGGUAAUGAGGCAUGAUGUUCCAGACAUAGGCACCAUGUCGGAGGCCUACCCCCACCUAAUUUUUCAUAACUUCUCCUCACAGCUCGGCAAGAGGGUAUCGAAUAUCCUCAAGUAUCUUUUUCCAGUGCCGAAGGAGGACAGUAGGCGUGUAAUCACAUUUGCCAACCAGGAGGACUUCAUCUCGUUCAGACAUCACACCUACAAGAAAACAGACCACAAAAAUGUUGAGCUGACAGAAGUAGGACCCAGGUUUGAAAUGAAAUUGUACAUGAUCAAGCUGGGCACCCUGGAGAACGAGAGCACGGCAGACGUGGAGUGGCGUCACCAUGCGUAUACACACACAGCAAAGAAGAGGAGGUUCCUCAGUGUGCAAUAAAGGAUUUAAAAAGCUCCACCAAAGUUGUCCUCAAUAACUGCGUUUUGGACUCGUAAAAGUCUUACAUGAGGUUUUGUUAUCUGCUGUCAGUUUUUGCUUAAGUCAGCAACUAUGGUCACCUUUGUAGUAAAUGGGUGAUCAGACUGCAUCAUAUCCAUCAUGAGUGUCAGUAUUUUUUAAAUAAACUGUUUUGUCAAACCCUUUGUUAAACAUAAGACAUACAGUACUGACUGUAUUAUAACUGUGUUGUAAUAAAAGUUGUUGUAAUAACCUGUAAA